AUGAAGAAAAAAAACCUGGCGCUUGUCCUGCUUCGAAUCGUCGACACACCCUAUGACGAAAUGAUGCUUGGCCCUGAUAACGACCAAAGUAAUCAUAAAUGUAUUACUAUGUCGCGAUAUAAGCUAAGCAAUGCAUAUGAUAAUGUCCAAUCGGUCCACAAUGGUGAUAAGGAUGCCCCAUUGACCUACGAUGAUGAUGUCGCAUCAACCUACAGUGAAGCCAUCCAAUCCCCCAACCGUAAUGACCUUGGGUCGCCCGAUGUCUUGCAACUGCAAGCAGAAACCGCUAUCAACAACAACCGCCACUCGUGGAGUUACCCUAUUCAGAUUGUCUAA